AUGCCCGAUCAACCGCGAGUGAUUCUCGAGAAGUCCCGCACCGUCCGCCGUCGAUACCAGCGCAGCAACCAACGGUUUCAAUUUACGGCAACCCAGAUCGCGCGGAUCGAGCGUGAGCAAGACCGAGAACGUCGAGCACAGAAGCUCCGGGACAAGGAGAAGCGGCGCAUUCAGGAGAAGAAGAAGAAAGCGGAGAAGGAAGCAAAGGCUCGCGAGGAACGAAUCCGUUCCGGUAUCCCGGACCCCAAUGCGCCUUCUGUACCAGCAAGUCAGCCAUUGCUCUUCAAUUUUAUAAAGAAGACACCAUCUGUUCAGCCUGAAAGCCAGGACAGCAAAGAGGAACAGGUCCACACUGAUAGUGGUAGUGGCAGUGACACAGAGGUAGCGACUGAGUUUGAAGAUGAGGAUUUGAGCUUAGAAGAUGAAGAGCUGGACUGUAUGUUCAUGGCUCUUGGUGAGGCGGAAGUAUCUGCGGAUGCGAAUACCGAGGGGACCGGUCUAAAAGACAAAGGGAAAGAUGAUGACGAAUUCUCUGAAUGCUCCGCCUUCUACGAUGAGGACAUUAUUAAAGAGCCCGUGUCUGUUUUAGAAGAACAGGUAUCAGUUACAACUGUCUUGAGCGGCGAUUCCUUCCAAGACGACACGGCAAUCCUCCUAGAGGAGUUUGCACCCGAAUUUGACCCCGGGGCUAGCUUUGACCAAGAAUUAGCUCAGUUGGAUGCGACUUGA